AUGUUUAAUCGGAGAGAUCUACCGUCCGUUCCUAACCCCUUCGCUUCUCGACAGGAGCCGGCUCGUCCGUCCCCGCAGGGCUACUCGAACCCGAAUCAAGGGCCUCCACGGUAUGAUUAUGGCCCCCCCAUGCCCGCGGGGCAUACCCCUGACGGCGAUGUGCCCAUGACUGACGCAACUUCUCAAUCAAGCGGACACGGGCCUCCUCCAACUCAGAAUACUGGCAGACCGCCACAACAAAUGCCUGGGCGCAUGCCGUCCGCAGGCGGUCCUACUUGGACGCUCCACCCCAGCAAGAGUCCAAACGACAACUACACUUUUGGUAACCUUGUCGCUGUUUCGCCCCAGGACAUUCCUCCGAGUCGCGACGGCAGCGAUGUGCUCCUCCUCAUCAAUGACGUUUUCGUCUUCUCAGCCCGUCCCUUGGAUGGCUUCCCGCCUGGAUACAUGAGCAUGUCGGACCCUCAGCGAACAUGGGCCAACAUUGGAUUGAGGGAUGCGAUUAAAGUACAGUUGUACGAUCCUUUCAGUCAAGGCGGCCAGGCUUACUUGGGAUCUGCGGAUAUUGAAGUCAGCUUCGCUUCGGUAAAGAAGCGAGUGGAGGCACCAUAUGAUCAGGAUGAGCUCGCAAAUGCUGUCAUCAAAAAUUUUGAAAACCAACUGUUUGCUCCGGGUCAAAGAAUCUUGAUGGACCACAAGAGCAUCCCACUUCUGUUGCAGGUUAAGACUGUCCAGCGAGUCGACCUGACUGCGGAGAAAUCUGACUCCAAUGCUGGAGAGGUUGAGACAAACCCUGCAGCUCGAGGAAUCAUCACACGGCAUACUCAGCUCAACUUCUUCAAAGAUUCUGCAACAGGUAUCAAUGUCAAAGCUUCAAACCGACGCCCCGCUGCCAAUUCGAUCAUCCAGCCCGGCUUCAAAUUUGAGGAUAUGGGAAUUGGUGGUCUGGACUCCGAGUUCAGCACCAUCUUCCGUCGCGCUUUUGCGUCUCGUAUCUUCCCUCCCGGUCUGGUUGAGAAGCUUGGUAUUCAGCAUGUCAAAGGUCUUCUGCUUUACGGACCCCCGGGUACUGGUAAAACUUUGAUCGCGCGGCAGAUCGGAAAAAUGCUUAAUGCUCGAGAACCGAAGAUCAUCAACGGACCCGAGGUCUUGAAUAAAUAUGUGGGUCAGUCCGAGGAGAACAUUCGAAAGAUGUUCGCGGAUGCCGAGAAGGAAUACAAAGAUAAGGGUGAUGAAAGUGGCCUUCACAUCAUCAUUUUUGAUGAGCUGGAUGCCGUUUGCAAGCAGCGUGGUAGUGGUGCAGGCGGCGGCACUGGUGUUGGUGAUAGUGUUGUCAACCAACUGCUGUCUAAGCUGGAUGGUGUUGACCAGCUUAACAACAUUCUGUUGAUCGGUAUGACCAACCGAAUGGAUAUGAUUGAUGAGGCUUUGCUGCGUCCUGGCCGUUUGGAGGUCCACAUUGAGAUCUCACUCCCUGAUGAACAGGGUCGAAGCCAAAUUCUCAAAAUUCAUACCGAGAAGAUGCGUAAAAACGACGUACUCGAUUCCGACGUCGACUUGCGUGAGCUUGCAACUGUGACCAAGAACUUUUCCGGUGCCGAGAUUGCCGGUUUGGUCAAGUCGGCCUCGUCGUUUGCUUUCUCUCGCCACGUCAAAGUUGGCACCAUGGCCAGCAUUAAUGACGAUGUAAUCAACAUGAAGGUCAACCAAUCCGACUUCCACCACGCUCUUGACGAAGUGAAGCCUGCCUUUGGUGUUUCAGAGGAAGAACUUUCUAGUCGCAUCCAGUAUGGUAUCAUCCACUACUCUGAGACCAUCAAUGAAAUCAUGCGGGAAGGCGAGCUAUUCGUCAAGCAAGUUGGCCAGGCACAGGCCACCCCCCUCUUCUCUGUCCUGCUUCACGGUCCCCCUGGCAGUGGCAAGACAGCACUCGCAGCUCGUAUCGCCAUUGACUCCGGUUUCCCCUUUAUCAAGCUGAUCAGUCCGGAAGACAUGGUCGGCUUCAGUGAGCCAGCCAAGAUCCAACAUAUUAGCCGAAUUUUUGAUAGCGCCUACAAAUCCAACACUAGUAUUGUUGUUAUCGACAACAUCGAGCGCAUCAUCGACUGGGUGCCCAUCGGUCCCCGCUUCAGCAAUAGCGUUCUACAGGCCCUCAUGGUCUUCCUCCGAAAGCAGCCUACGCAUGGGCGUCGUCUGUUGGUCCUGGCUACAACUACUGAGCGUGCUUUGAUGAAACAGCUUGACGUUUACAACUCGUUCAACUCGGAUAUCAUGGUUCCGAACGUGCAGUCAUUUAGCGAGCUGCGCUAUGUUAUGAAGCAGUCCGGUGCCUUUGAUGACAAGGAAAUUGAUCGUGCUUUGGAGAAUGUGGGUGGUCUGGCAGAUGAUGGCCGGGUCAGUGUGGGCAUCAAGAAGGUUCUCCUAGGUAUUGAGACUGCUAAGCAGGAUGAUGAUAAGGUUGGCCGGUUUGUUCGGGUCAUUAACCGGGCGAUCGAGGAGCAGUCAUUCGCUUAG